CAUUUCAAACACUUUUAUUUAUCACAAUAAUAUUUUUCAUAAUAUAAACAGUACGGAGUUUUCAAUAUUGCGGAAGCUUAACAAUCAUAAUCACAAACAUAAUUUAUUUAUGUUCUUUAAUUCAAAACCAUCACAUCCAUUCCGACAAUCUCGCCUCCGUCUGCCUCCAGGAUCACGUCACUUCAUUAACCUGCGUGUAGCAAAUAAAACAUACUACACGCUCAACGUUGAAGCUGAGCCAGUGGCCAGCCCUUUGGAAGGGGAUAUAGAUGUGUAUUGUCCUAAAAAUCGGUGACGUGUAGAAAGGUUGUCUGGGGAGGGAUGAUAAUUGAUAAGCACGAAUCCGUCUGGGGAGGGAUGAUAAUUGAUAAGCACGAAUCCGUCGAGGGAUGCAGACCGGGACGACGUCGUAUGCGCUAUCCUGAAGCAGUAUAAACUGAGCUAUACCUUCCGCCAUGGUUUGAAUUGCAGAAGCUCCCUCCCCCCGCCAUUGAAGAAGUCCGAGCUUUCUAAAACCUAAAUUGUAACGCCGCAUUUCUUCUCCCGCUCUCCUCUUUCUCCAUUUAUACAUAGACAUAUCUGUAUAUCUAUAUCCAUCCAUCCAUCCCAAUUCACGCAAUAGAAAGAUAUGGCUUCAUUCGCAGUGCCCCAUUCUCCGUCGUCGUUUCUGGAUUCUCUGUCGCCGGAUUUCCAUUGUCGGAGUCGCCGAUCGUUCGUCCCCAUCAAGCGGAGCUUCCGUUUUCCUCUAAACGGCGUCAAAUGUGAGCUCACUGAACCAAUAAAUGGAAAGCCAAUUAUGCCAGUCCUAACGAACGGAGAGCUUUCAAAGUUUCUGCAGUCAAGAAGCCUCACAAGUGCUGCCAAAAGAAAUGAGAAUAGCCCAAAAAUAUUUUCUGGCCUUUCUAAUCCCGCCCUUUCUCAGGAAAUUGCAUGGUAUAUGGGCCUCGACCUUGGAAAAAUCCACAUCAAGAAGUUUGCAGAUGGUGAAAUUUAUGUACAGCUGCAAGAGAGUGUUAGAGGCAGCGAUGUCUACUUGGUGCAGUCCACAUGUCCUCCAGCGAAUGAAAAUCUUAUGGAACUAUUGAUAAUGAUAGAUGCAUGCCGAAGGGCUUCUGCCAAGAAGAUCACCGCUGUGAUCCCAUAUUUUGGAUAUGCUAGAGCUGAUAGAAAGACACAAGGCCGUGAAUCUAUUGCUGCAAAAUUAGUUGCAAACAUUAUAACAGAGGCAGGCGCUGAUCGUGUUCUUGCUUGUGACCUUCACUCUGGGCAAUCCAUUGGUUACUUUGACAUUCCGGUGGAUCAUAUAUACUGUCAGCCGGUUGUUCUUGAUUAUCUUGCCAGCAAAAAGAUUUGUUCUGAUGAUCUGGUAGUGGUCUCUCCUGAUGUUGGAGGAGUUGCUAGAGCACGUGCUUUUGCAAAGAAGUUAUCUGAUGCACCUUUAGCCAUUGUGGACAAAAGGCGGCAAGGGCACAAUGUUGCUGAGGUUAUGAAUCUUAUUGGUGAUGUGAAAGGAAAAGUUGCUGUAAUGGUUGAUGAUAUGAUCGACACAGCAGGGACUAUCUCUAAAGGUGCAGCCUUGUUACAUGAGGAGGGAGCAAGAGAAGUAUAUGCAUGCUGUACACACGCUGUUCUGAGCCCACCCGCAAUUGCUAGGCUGUCGAGUGGCCUGUUUCAGGAGGUCAUCGUCACCAACACGAUUCCACUCACGGAGAAGAACUAUUUCCUACAGCUGACCGUUCUCUCCGUAGCAAACCUCUUGGGAGAAACCAUAUGGCGUGUGCAUGACGAAUGCUCCGUGAGUAGCAUUUUUCUGUGAAGAAGAAUCAAAUUACUCAGGUCAUCACUUCUUAUCUUUCCAUCCCAACCUACUAGAGAAAAUAUGUCUUGUGAUGCUUUGCCAGCUUUGGUCACAGUCUAAUUAAGCAAAUGGGAGAUGUGAAAUGAAGGUAAAGUUCAGUUUAGUUGUGGAAUAAAGUUGUGGGGGGUAGAUCAAUCUCCAUUUCAUUUGAGUUUGACAUUGUUGUAACUUUAUUAUGGAGUAGUACAAUUGUUAUUCAUUACACAGGCGGAGAUGAUGUAUGUAUGGGAUAGGAAUUGCUCUUUUAGAUGACUACAAUGCAUUUUUUUUUAAAGUUUUACAACCAUGUGUGAAAUAAGUGCGCAUAUACACUUUUUUGCUUGUUUAGCAACAGAAUAAAAAACAAAGUAACAAAAUUAACUUUGUCAAGCAUAGUAUUUGCAUAAUGUUAAUGUUCAAAGUGUGUAAAAUGAAUACAGUAAAGGUUC